AAUGAGCGAUGAAUACGUAUUGACAUUUAAGUGAUUACGGAUUAACUAUCAACUUGCACUAAUUUGCUUCUUGUGCAUUAGUUAAUUUAUUAACUUUCAUAUAAUUUUAUGAACAUAAACAGUUGACGUGUAACGGUCUCUUUGUGAUUCCUUGAAACAGCGAGUAUUAUCCACAGCAGAGACAAUGACAGAAUCACUGAGUAAGGAUCUAAUUGCACAGCUUAAAAUGGGAUUCAACGCUUUCGAUCCUGAGAAGAAAGGAGCAAUUAAAACAGAUCAAAUUAACACAAUUUUCAGUAUGAUGGGAAAGACGAUUAAUGCUGAUGUUCUAAAUGACGCUAUUGCAGAAGUUGAUCCCUUUGGUGCUGGUGAGUUAGAGUUUGAAGAAUUUUGUACCCUAGCAGCAAAGUUCAUGGAAGAAGAUCAAGAUGAGCAAGCAACAGUAGCGGAGUUAAAGGAAGCAUUUAGGCUUUAUGACAGAGAAGGAAAUGGUUAUAUAAGUACAGAAGUUUUUCGGGAAAUCCUUCAUGAAUUAGAUGAGAAUUUGUCUCCUGAAGAAUUGGAUAUGAUGAUAGAAGAAAUUGAUGCUGAUGGAUCUGGAACUCUUGAUUUCGAUGAAUUCAUUGAUGCUAUGACAAAAUAAAAGACCACAGUACAUCUACUCAAAUUUCAUCUGCAAAAUGCGAAAUUCUUGCAAAAUUACACGGACGGCUUUGACGAUUGUGCAUUAAAAGAACUUACAUUUUAGCAAUAGUCUAAAAAUUGUAAUUUCGUGGAUUAAGUUAAAUAAUAAGUAUUAUUAUAAAGAAUUUAAAUUAUAGAGAAAUUGUUUUUAUAAUUCCAAACUAAUACAGAUAAAAACUUGGACUUGAAAAAGUUAAAGUGAUAACUAAAUAUUUUUGAAAAAAAUGAUAAAUUAAAGAGGAAAAAGAAUUUUAAUUUGUAAUAUUUUCUAUUAUAUUUACUACAAAGAAACAAAGCAUUAAACAUUUUUUGCUAAAUG